AUGAAAGUCGCUGACAGUAAAAUCGGCGAGCACAAACUUAAUCACAAGUGGGAAAUUGAUGAUUUUGCAUCAGUCAUUAAACGACCCAGCUUUGCUACAAGCAAAAAUGGAUUUUUUCAGUCCCCAGGUUUUUCAAUCGAAGGCACAAUUAAAAACCUGUGGUAUUUAAGAUUAAGUAUCAAUGGAGAAACUUGUAACAAUGAAGAGUGGCUGUCACUGACCGUAGCGUCAAACAGCCACGUAACUGAUCCAAUCAGAGCAAGUUGUUUGUUAUUUAUUUUUAAUGAUAAAAAGAAGAGAAAAUUUACUCAAACUUUUUGUAACAGCUUUGAAAGUUCUCACAUUGACUGGUGCUGUGAGAAAUUUGUCAAAAAAAAUUUAUUACUUGCUAAUAAAGAUGAAUUCUUGCCUAAUAAUAUGCUGUCAAUAGGUAUUGAGUUGACAAUAUUUGAAUCCGCGGCAAUUAAUACUAUUGAAAUUUCACCAAAGCCACUAAAGCGUGUAAUUAUCGAUGAUUUAAAAAAACUUCUUGAUCAAAAAAUAGCCAGUGACAUUACUCUGCAAGUUGGUGAUGAACAAUUCAAAGCUCACAGGGCAAUUCUGAUGAUGCGAAGUCCAGUAUUUUGCAAAUGGCUCACCCAUCAAACGAAAGAAAACAUGGGGGAUAAAUUUGUUUUGUCAAAUAUUAGUUCUGAAAACUGUAAACUCAUGUUGGAAUUUAUUUACACGGACAAAGUUAAGGAUCUUGGGAGCAACGUUGAAAAUUUACUUGCAGUUGCAGAUGAUUAUCAGCUGAAAGGUUUAAAGGAAACUUGUGAAGAAUUACUUUGUGAUUCAAUUACGGUGGAAAACGCUGCUAGAAUAAUGGUUUUAGCACAUCGUCACAACGCUAAACAAUUAUUUGAUUACGUAAUUGAGUUUGUUGCUAUUAACAUUACACGCGUUAUGAAAACUACUUACUAUGUUAAUUUUAUAAAGUUCUAUCCUGAUAUUUCAUUGACUCUUAUUGAAAAACUUGCGAGCUUAAUUAACAUUCCUACUACUCCGCAAACUCCUGAAGUCAUUAUUCAUUUGUCGAGAAAAAAAAAGUAA